AUGGCACCUUUGAGUCAGAAAAUGGGUAAGAAGAGUCGAGUAAAAACGCAGAAAUCAGGCACUGGUGCUACAGCAAGCGUGUCCCCGAAGGAAACCUUGAACCUAACCAGUGAGCUGUUGCAGAAAUGCAGUAGUCCUGCCCCUGGCCCAGGAAAAGAAUGGGAAGAGUAUGUGCAGAUCCGGUCUCUAGUUGAGAAAAUACGAAAAAAACAAAAAGGUCUGUCUGUUACUUUCGAUGGAAAAAGAGAAGAUUACUUUCCUGAUCUAAUGAAAUGGGCCUCUGAAAAUGGAGCCUCUGUAGAGGGUUUUGAAAUGGUGAACUUCAAAGAAGAGGGCUUCGGUUUGAGAGCGACAAGAGAUAUCAAGGCAGAAGAAUUAUUUUUAUGGGUUCCACGAAAAUUACUAAUGACUGUUGAAUCUGCUAAAAAUUCAGUGCUGGGGCCCUUGUAUUCUCAAGACCGAAUUCUUCAAGCCAUGGGAAACAUCACACUGGCCUUUCAUCUGCUGUGUGAGCGAGCCAACCCUAACUCUUUCUGGCAGCCCUAUAUUCAGACCCUCCCCAGCGAAUACGACACCCCUCUCUACUUCGAAGAGGAUGAGGUUCGCUACCUUCAGUCCACACAGGCCAUACAUGACGUCUUCAGCCAGUAUAAGAACACAGCACGGCAGUACGCCUACUUCUAUAAGGUCAUCCAGACCCAUCCUCAUGCCCACAAACUGCCCUUGAAGGAUUCUUUCACUUAUGAGGACUACAGGUGGGCGGUCUCUUCCGUUAUGACUCGACAAAAUCAGAUUCCCACGGAGGAUGGUUCCCGGGUGACCCUGGCGCUGAUUCCUCUGUGGGACAUGUGCAAUCACACCAACGGCCUGAUCACCACUGGCUACAACCUGGAGGACGACCGCUGUGAGUGUGUAGCCCUGCAGGACUUCCGUGCCGGAGAGCAGAUUUACAUUUUUUAUGGCACUCGGUCAAAUGCAGAGUUUGUGAUCCACAGUGGUUUUUUCUUUGACAAUAAUUCACACGACAGAGUGAAAAUAAAGCUUGGAGUGAGUAAAAGUGACAGGCUGUACGCCAUGAAGGCCGAGGUCCUGGCUCGCGCUGGCAUCCCAACCUCCAGUGUCUUUGCAUUGCAUUUUACGGAACCACCCAUCUCUGCCCAACUUCUGGCUUUUCUCCGAGUCUUCUGCAUGACCGAAGAAGAAUUGAAAGGACAUUUGCUGGGAGAUGCUGCCAUUGACAGGAUCUUCACCUUGGGGAGCUCUGAGUACCCCGUCAGCUGGGACAAUGAGGUCAGACUGUGGACAUUUCUUGAAGAUCGAGCCUCACUUCUUUUAAAAACAUAUAAAACAACCAUUGAGGAAGAUAAGUCCUUCUUGAAAAACCACGCCCUUUCCGUUCGUGCCACGAUGGCCGUCAAGUUGCGCUUAGGUGAGAAAGAGAUCUUGGAAAAAGCGAUCAAGAGCGCGGCCGCGAACCGAGAGCACUGCCGCAGGCAGGUGGAGGGGCACGCCCCGCUCCCCAAGUACGAGGAGAGUAACCCGGGGCUGCUGGAGGGUGUGGCGGACUCGCGGCUGCCCCUGGUCCUCAGGGACCCGGACGGGGAGGCCGGCGCACAGGAGGCCUUGACCCUCACUGAGGCUGUCCGCAGGGCAAAGGCUGCAGAGCACGGGCUGGUCAACGGCGAAAACUCUAUACCCAACGGGACCAGUUCAGAAAAGGAAAGUUUAAAUCAAGAGGAAAGUAAAAGAGCGACCGGAGACGCCAAAGAAUCUUCUUCCGACAGCGCCGAGGAAGUUGGAAAGUAG